UGGCGGUUCGGCACAUGCUUGCCGCUUGACGCCAGGCGCCCUCAGUGGCCUGUCAACGGGGGGCUGCAGCAACGAUUCGUUCCCGGUGCAUCCGCCACGCGUGAGUGGUUGAGAAGGGUGGUUGUGUGAUGGCUGAGAAGGUGCUGACGAACACUGCGCGGCUGGGGCUGGCGGCAGGGAGCCUCGGACUGAUCCCUUACUUUUGUCUGUAUAAUGGUAGGUACAAGAUGUACAAGAGACAGACAGACAGAUCUGGCUACAACAGGCGACCUCAUCCUUGUGCGUGUGUGAGUGCAGUUGAUGGUGGUGAGCGGUGUGUCAUGUUCAACCGGUUCGGUGGUGUGUCCAACAAAGUGACCGGCGAGGGCACUCACUUCAAAAUACCGUGGUUCCAGGUGAGCGACCCACAUGCAGUGCAGACCGCCCUGUGGCUUCCUGUCGGCGAGCGUGAUCUCCUUGUCUGUCGGUGUCUGUGGUUCAGGUGCCGUUCAUCUAUGACAUCAGAGUGCGACCGAAGGUCAUCUCGACCACCACUGGAACAAAGGGUGAGCUGGCCACACUGCAGUGAUGCACGGCGUCAGUCCUCUGAAUGUGUGUGUGUGUGUGUGUGUGCAGAUCUGCAGACGGUCAGCUUGAGUCUGAGGCUGCUCUUCCGCCCUCUUGUUGGUCAGCCACGCAGCAACACAGCACACCCAUCCCGUCUGCAUGUGAUCACAUCCGCCCCGCUGCGUGCCCAUCUCCCUCAGACCGUCUGCCCGUGCUGCACAAGACGCUCGGCCCCGACUAUGACGAGCGUGUGCUCCUCUCCAUCGGCAAUGAGAUCCUCAAGGCUGUCGUGGUACGCAGCGCAGCCAUCCAUCCUUGCACAGACCAACCACACAAAGCCGCCUGUUACGUGCGUCAACGUGCAUUGGUGUGUGCGUGUGUGUGUGUGUGUGUGGUCGCACUGCUGCACUGCUGCACUGCAGGCUCAGUACAAUGCGGAGUCUCUGCUGACUCAGCGAGACAAGGUCUCCCGCGACGUGCGUGACGCCAUCACCGAGAGAGCCAAGGCUUUUGACAUCAUCCUCGACGACGUCGCUAUCGUGAGCAGACAAACACACGGGCAGCCAAGCUGCCAUGAGCAUCAAUCAAUUGUGUGUGUCUGGUGUGGUGUAUGCAGACCCACCUGAGUUACGGCAAGGAGUUUUCAAAGGCCAUCGAGGAGAAACAAGUUGGUGAGUGACGGCGUCCUUUGAUUCCUUUGAUAUGGUCCCACACAUCUCACCCUCUCUCUGUGUGUGCGUGUGCGUGUGUGUGUGUGUGUGUGUGUGCAGCUGAGCAGGAGGCGGAGCGCGUCAAGUUCAUCGUGGCCAAGGCCGAGCAGGAGAGACUUGCGGCCGUCGUCAGGGCAGAGGGAGAGGCAGAGGCUGCAGAAAUGGUACGCACCACAAUCAUCACUGACUGACUGACACACCCAUGUUGGUCAUUUCUCUCUGUGACCCUGUGCUGUGUGCGUUGUGUGUGCAGAUAUCGAAGGCUCUGAAGGAGCACGGUACGGGUCUGAUUGAGGUGCGACGGAUCGACACCGCAAAGGACAUCGCAGAGACACUCGCCAAAUCAAGAAACGUCAUGUAAGCGGCACACACCACAUAUACCUCCCACAAAUGCACUACGUGUCGACCACCGCCGUCAUGUGUGGCGUGUCAUGUGUUGUCUUGUCUUGUGUUAGGUACGUGCCGAGCGGUCAGAACAUCCUCUUCAACCUCGGGAUGCCCGGCGGUGGCGGCGGCGGCCAGGCAUCGUAACCCUCUUCCGCUCUUCUCUCUUCAUCACAUUCUGUAGCCGCUUGCUUUGUUCCUCCAUUGGAGGAACAACCUCUGCUGUCUGCUGCGUGCUGGAUGUGUGUGUCGAUGGCGAGCCUUUCUUUCGUCGUUUGCCACACGGCCUUUCUCGCCCCUCGUGCCUGACGUGAUGCCCAUUGAUAUUUCAACACCACCGAUGCGACGCCAUGCGAUGCUUUCCGCCGUUUGCGGCCGUCAUGUGUCGUGUCGUGUGUCUCUGCGAGUGAGCUUCGAGUGUGCGAGGAGUUUCUGGGUUGGUGGUCGUUCGUUCCCUGAUUGAGUGAUUUAAGCCCCUCACUGGCCUCCCGCUUUCUCGAUCUCCUGCUCUUGCUCGCCGCGUGGCUGUCCCAUCUGAGCAUCAGCCCGAGCCACAUGCACGGUCCGGGUGGUGAUCAGAUGGGGCAGUGCCACCGCGAGCCGCAGCAGGUUUCUUGAGAGAAGGGAGGUGAGGGAUCGCACCGUGACGACUCAGUCGGUGAUGUUGAAGAUAUACUAUGACUGCGGGCGCUCAUUCAGAAGACAAAUCACAUUCAUUCAAUCGAAAAAGGAAACAAACGGUACCACUCAUUUCAUUGACUCACACGGGACGGGACGGGACACACACAGCCAUGCGGACACACACGGCCAUGUUCUUUCUUGUCAAUCCAUCCGCCUGUCUGUCUAGUCGCAUCACAUCCGUCCA